AUGUCCUUACCUACUGCUCAGACUUUCAUACUCCAUUUCUGGCUUGUCGCAGGCGGUGAAGUGCACCCUAGAUGCCAAGAGCUACAAUUGCCACUCACCGCCACCGUCGAGGAUCUGCUUCCCCGAUUGAUAACGGAAGAGCGGCUCAGGGGCAACAAGGCUCCAGUCUACCUUGUUGUGGUUAAUCUCUCGAGUAGCGUACCACCGAAACCGCCAUCCCCUCCUAUUCCUGACGAGUAUGCUGACGAGGUUCAUAAUAAACCUGGAGCUAUGGCUAUGGGGUACGUGGAAUUACUCAAGCGAAGACUUGCAACGACUGGCCGUGGUUCACCACCUGAGGCCGUCAAUUCUGAGAAUUACUAUUUAAACCAGGAGAACGAUGAAAAAUGCAUCAUCAAUGGACAUUAUGCCCAGGGUUCCCCAUUGCCCAUCGCCCUUCCCAUCGAGUUGUUCCAUCCCAUGUUUGCAAAGUUUAAGACGAAAAGGAUCGAUGACACAACCUCAUUGCCGCCAUACUUCCUCAGGGAUGUUGCGAAGUUCAUGAAUGAGGUGUCGCAGAUAUCGACCGAGGAAUCCGAGCGCGCGUGCCGUACUCGUAACAGUUUGAGCGCAAUCCUUAACCACAGUGUCGUAAAAUUCGUCAACCUAAACGGGACCUCUGCUGACCACAUCAUUGCUAACACCAAUCUCCCGAGCGUCGAUCGUGAGAAACUUAUGUUGGCAUGCUUUUGCCCGACAUUCCUCAUCGCGCUUGGAGGUUCCUGGAUCAAUAUUUUCAGGGCCAUUUAUACAAUAGCCGCCAUCGUGGAGGACUUCACCGGCUAUGUUUCGCUGGCAUCUAGUGCCCCCAGCAACGACAAAGCCAAGAUAACAGAAAUCGCACGCAUAUUGUGGGCCCUCCGUGAGGCUCUCGAUGAACUCAACAAAUGGUAUGAACAGUUGCCAGUGCCAGAUAACGAAUACCAGCGUUAUUUCCCUCUCGCGACAUUGUGCAAGCUGCAGGACGAUGAGAUGCUGUCGUGGACGUACGAGGGGACUCUCAAGCAUCAGGAGGGAGGAGCGGAAGACCUCUUCUGCCCCAUCUUCCUCGUCACCGACAUAAGCAACGUCAAUCGCAAGCUUGUCGUCAAAUUUGUUGAGGCGUACGGAAAGGACGCGCAUGAGCUCCUCGCGGCACACAACCUAGCGCCGAAAAUGAUCUACUAUAGCGACGUGUGGCCGGCGCAGGGCAUCAGCGGGAGGUUGAAGAUGGUUGUCAUGGUCCAUAGAUUGUGCGCGGACGGAGCUGCCGUCCCUCGUCCUGUGUACGACGAUGUUCAGCGAGCGUUGAAGCUGCUGCAUGACACGGGGAUGGUGCACGGGGACAUUCGUCAUCCGAAUAUCGUUGUCGCAGAUGUGGUACCCGCGGCCCGGGGGAACGUCGAGGCUGAGGACCAGGCUGAGGGUGAGGGCUAUGUUGAGGUCGAGGGGCAGGGCGAGGGCGAGGUCGAUGACAUGUGCGCGCGGACGCGGAUCAUCGAGUUCGAUCGGGCGGGCAAGCUGGGUGAAGUGCGAUACCCGCCUGGCCUUUCUGGAAUGAUCACUUGGGCGAAGGGGGUCAACGACUGCGAGCUGAUCAAGCCUGAGCACGAUAUCUUCAUGCUGGGCAAGCUGCUGAAGAAGAGCAGGAACUGGUGA